CCUGCGAUUUGGAAGAUAUCCUUUCCUCAAAAGGCCGCCAGUCUCCCUCCUUCCUCCUUUUGUUUGUUAUCACUUUCCCUCUAUUCUGAUUCCCUCCCCACUGACCUAAAUCCAUUCUCCACGACCUUCACCUCCGUAUCCAUGGUGGGCGACGGCCACUUUGUUCAGACGCCGCCCAAUUCAAAGAAAUCCAAGAAGAAGAAGAAGAAGCGAGGCGGCAGCAAGAAGAAGAUGACUUCCGAGCAAACUGCGGCGUUUAAGUAUGUCACGGAGUGGGUUUAUUUGGAUCAAUCUAAUUCUCUUGCCUCCACUGCUGCGGCGUCUGUGGUGGACGAUUUUGGAGUUCAGAAAACUCUUGGCAAAGGUGGGGAGAAGGUCGUCUUUGAGUUGCAUUCGCAUUCCAAAUUCAGUGAUGGAUUUCUUUCCCCUUCGAAGCUGGUGGAGCGAGCUCAUGGAAAUGGGGUGAAAGUUCUUGCUUUGACAGAUCAUGAUACAAUGUCUGGUAUCCCGGAGGCCAUCGAAGCAGCUCGUAGAUUCGGUAUCAAAAUAAUUCCGGGUGUCGAAAUCAGUACGAUAUUCUCUUCAGGUAACUCAGAAUCAGAAGAACCAGUACACAUCCUUGCAUAUUACAGCAGCUGUGGACCAGCAAAGAUUGAGAAGUUGGAGAAGUUCUUAGAAAAUAUAAGAGAGGGGCGGUUUUUGCGUGCAAAGAACAUGGUGUCAAAACUGAAUGAGCUAAAGCUGCCUCUUAAAUGGGAUCAUGUAGCUAAGAUUACUGGUAAAGGAGUUGCUCCUGGGAGACUCCAUGUGGCUCGUGCCAUGGUUGAAGCAGGCUAUGUCGAAAAUCUAAAACAGGCAUUUUCUCGUUACCUUUUUGAUGGUGGACCGGCUUACUCAACGGGAUCAGAGCCUUGUGCAGAGAAAGCAAUACAAUUGAUACACGAAACGGGGGGUGUGGCUGUCCUAGCUCAUCCAUGGGCCUUGAAGAAUCCUGUUGCUAUCAUUAGAAGAUUGAAAGAUGCCGGUCUUCACGGGCUGGAGGUUUACCGGAGCGAUGGAAAAUUAGCAGCGUACAGUGACCUAGCAGACAUGAAUGGGCUUCUAAAACUUGGAGGAUCAGAUUUUCAUGGAAGAGGUGGAAACAGUGAAUCUGAAGUUGGAAGUGUAAACCUUCCUGUUCUUGCUAUGCACGACUUUCUUAAGGUCGCUCGAUCAAUUUGGUGCAGUGCCAUUCGAGACAUUCUCGAGAGUUACGUCGAAGAGCCUUCAAACUCAAAUCUAGCAAAAAUUACCAGAUUUGGAAGGACCCGGGUUUUGAAGGGUGGCUCCCCACCGCCGAGCUGCGUAAAUGACAUCAUCGAUCAUUGUUUAAAUUCGUGGCUGACGAACGAAGAGAAGCAAGAUGCCGAGUUUGAAGCUAUCAGAUUAAAGCUCUCCCAUAUUUCAAUGAAACAACAAGAAGUUAAGGUGCCUUAAGAGUUCAUAACACUAACCAGGGUCGAUCAUGAAAUACUCGCUCGUCGUGCUAACAUAGUCGACAUGUGGAUCAGAUUCAGUAAGUUUUUUGUACUUUCCAUAGUUACUGUUCUUUUGACGGGGAAAGCAGGUUGCAGUAAAUGAUUCGUUGAGGUACAUCGACGAACGAAAAGCUCCGAUUAUCGUAAGUUAUAUACUUAUUGUUCAAAUCAAUAAAACUUCAUUCAAUCUCUUGCAAGUAUUUUGUUCAUUGUUUAUGUAUUUAAUUGGAUCUCCAUGCCUACACCAAUCUUUUGGCAAUGUUGAAAAUGAAAAAGGACUUGUUGGAA